UCAAAACCCUAACUUGUUAUUUCCGACCUACCAAAAUUUUUCCGAUUUGGGGCAGGUGGGGUCUUAGUGCUUCUAUUCAGAACCCUAUUUUGUCUAUACCCCUUCAGAAAUUUAGUUGCGUCUUCCUUUAAUCUCUAUCAUGACAUCAGCGACUCGGGAGAAAAUCGAAGAAACAGUGAAGGAAAUACUUAAGCAUGCAGAUAUGGAGGAGAUGACUGAGUUCAAGGUCCGGAUGACGGCCUCUGAGCGACUGGGUCUCGAUCUCUCUGAUGCUGAUAACAAGAAGUUUAUCAGAGGCGUCUUGGAGUCCUUUUUGCUCUCUACGAUCGAAGACGCUUGCGAUGCUGAAGAGACGGAUUUAAAUGUUCCGAAAGAAACGAAACAUCAACAAAACAAACUUGAGAACCAAUUUACUGAGAACGGAGAUCGUGUCAUGUGUCAGCUUUCAAACAAGAGGAAAGUGGUGAUUCAAGAAUUUGGGGGAAAAUCUUUUGUAUCAAUUAGAGAAUACUAUCAGAAAGAUGGAAAGCAACUUCCAUCUGCUAGAGGAAUUAGUUUAACUAGUGAGCAAUGGGUAGCCUUCAGGAAAAGUGUUCCUGCAAUAGAAGAAGCUGUGAUGAAGAUGCAAUCGAAGUUAAGAUCUGAAUUCAAAGGUGAACAAAAUGAAGAUGUGCCAAAUUCAGUGAUUUCACCAAUUGAACGUUUUCCUGUGGAGCCCAACCGUUUCAAUGGGAAGGAUUACCUCUGCUGGGCAUCACGGAUGGAAAUUUUCUUAAAGCAGUUACAGAUUGCUUAUGCCCUCACUGACCCCUGCCCCAGUGUUACUCUAAAUGCACCAGCUAGUAGCGAAGAAAUUGCUAAACUCAAGACUGCUGAACAGAAAUGGUUGAAUGAUGACCACAUGUGUCACCACCACAUUUUAAACUCUCUAUCUGAUCAUCUCUAUUACCAGUACUCAAAUAAAACUAGGAGUGCUAAAGAAUUGUGGGAAGAGCUAAAAUUGGUUUACCUUCAUGAAGAAGUUGGAACAAAGAGAUCUAAAGUUAAGAAAUACAUUGAAUUUGAGAUGGUUGAUGAAAAAUCAAUCCUUGAGCAAGUUAUGGAACUUAAUAAUAUUGCUGAUUCCAUUGUUGCUUCUGGAAUGUUGAUUGAUGAGAACUUUCAUGUUAGUGUUAUCCUUUCCAAGCUUCCACUGUCUUGGAAAGGCUUCUGCACAAAGUUUAUGCAUGAGGAACAUCUUUCUUUCUCGUUGAUGAUGAAUCACAUAAAAGUUGAGGAAGAGACUUGCCAACGGAACAGUCAAGGGACACCAUCUAAGCUUGUAGACUUUCCCCUAGCCACAAAAUUUGGACAAUGGACGAACAAAAUGAAGAGGCCAGGGAUGAGCUGGAAGAGGCGGGAAUCAGAGACGGAUGGCAAGACUAGAGUGUGCUACCAUUGUGGGAAAAAGGGGCACUUGUCCAAACAUUGUCACAAUAGGAAAUUUGACAAGGAAAUUAUUGGGAGACAGAACAGGGACGAUUCAACUAGACCAGCAGAAACUGGAGGUUAGCAUGAUUUUGAAAAGUGUGGAGUAGGCUGUAGCUGACUGUCGACAAGCUUCGUCCAUUUUGGUGUAGCGGACUGACUUGAAUCUUUUAGUGGGUACACUCUUGUAUAAUAUUUCUACUCUAGGAAAACACAGAACUCAAGUUUUGUAGAUUAUGUACCCGCCUGCUGCAAGCUAAAUUUUUUUGGCAAUAACAGAGGUUGUAAACAUGUAUAACACUUGAUAUUGGAAUGAUGUGGGUGAGAACUUGAGUCACAAAGCUCAUGUAAUUGUCAUAUACCUCAAGAAACAGUUAGAUAACUGGUCUGUGGGCUUGGAUUCGCAUAUUUUGAGUAGAUGCAUGAUCCAUCAGGGAUCUGGCUCAGAUUCUUUAUUGUA